UCCAACAAUCACAUGGAUGAAGGUUAAUGGCUAUAUUCCUAGUAAGGCACGUCUGCGGAAAUCUCAGGCAGUGCUGGAAAUACCAAAUGUACAGCUGGAUGAUGCAGGCAUUUAUGAGUGCAGAGCUGAAAACUCACGUGGAAAAAAUUCCUUUCGUGGACAAUUACAAGUAUACACCUACCCACACUGGGUAGAAAAACUGAAUGAUACUCAGUUAGACAGUGGGAGCCCUCUCCGAUGGGAAUGUAAGGCUACUGGAAAACCCAGACCCACAUAUCGUUGGCUGAAGAAUGGAGUACCCCUCUCAUCUCAGAGUAGGGUUGAGAUGGUUAAUGGAGUAUUGAUGAUCCACAAUGUGAAUCAAUCAGAUGCUGGAAUGUAUCAGUGUUUGGCUGAAAAUAAGUAUGGAGCCAUUUAUGCUAGUGCUGAGCUGAAGAUUCUAGCUUCAGCUCCCACUUUUGCACUGAAUCAACUGAAGAAAACAAUAAUUGUUACCAAAGAUCAAGAAGUUGUCAUAGAGUGCAAACCCCAAGGCUCUCCAAAACCAACCAUCUCUUGGAAGAAAGGAGACAGAGCAGUUAGAGAAAACAAAAGAAUAGCUAUUCUUCCAGACGGGAGUCUACGGAUCCUAAAUGCUUCUAAAUCAGAUGAGGGAAAGUACGUUUGCCGAGGGGAAAAUGUCUUUGGUUCCGCUGAAAUUAUAGCUUCGCUGUCUGUAAAAGAACCUACAAGGAUAGAACUUACUCCUAAAAGAACAGAAUUGACAGUGGGAGAAAGCAUUGUUCUUAACUGCAAAGCAAUUCACGAUGCUAGUUUGGAUGUCACUUUCUACUGGACUCUGAAAGGACAGCCUAUUGAUUUUGAGGAAGAAGGUGGACAUUUUGAAAGCAUCAGGGCCCAAGCAUCCUCUGCAGAUUUAAUGAUCAGGAACAUCCUUCUGAUGCAUGCUGGGAGAUAUGGCUGCAGGGUACAGACCACAGCAGACAGUGUGUCAGAUGAGGCAGAACUUCUUGUUAGGGGUCCCCCAGGCCCACCUGGGAUAGUAAUUGUUGAGGAAAUCACCGAAAGUACAGCCACACUAUCCUGGAGCCCAGCAGCUGACAACCACAGCCCAAUCUCCUCCUACAACCUUCAAGCUCGCAGCCCAUUUUCGCUGGGCUGGCAAACAGUAAAGACAGUCCCAGAAAUCAUAACAGGGGACAUGGAGUCAGCCAUGGCUGUGGACCUAAAUCCCUGGGUGGAAUAUGAAUUUCGAGUGGUGGCCACCAACCCUAUUGGGACAGGAGAUCCAAGCACCCCAUCUCGAAUGAUCCGCACAAAUGAAGCAGUUCCGAAGACAGCGCCCACCAAUGUAAGCGGAAGAAGUGGAAGAAGGCAUGAGUUAGUCAUUGCCUGGGAGCCAGUAUCUGAAGAGUUUCAGAAUGGGGAAGGCUUUGGCUAUAUUGUGGCUUUCAGACCCAAUGGAACACGUGGCUGGAAGGAAAAAAUGGUGACAUCCUCUGAAGCUUCCAAAUUCAUUUAUCGAGAUGAAAGUGUCCCUCCUCUUACUCCCUUUGAAGUGAAAGUUGGCGUUUAUAACAAUAAAGGAGAUGGGCCUUUUAGUCAAAUUGUGGUCAUCUGUUCAGCUGAAGGAGAACCCAGUGCUGCUCCCACAGAUGUCAAGGCAACAAGUGUGUCUGUGUCAGAGAUUCUUGUUGCAUGGAAACACAUUAAGGAGAGUCUAGGAAGACCACAGGGAUUUGAGGUUGGUUACUGGAAAGACAUGGAACAAGAAGAUGCAGCAGAAACAGUCAAAACUAGAGGGAAUGAGUCUUUCGUCAUCCUAACAGGAUUAGAAGGAAAUACGUUAUAUCACUUCACAGUGAGGGCUUACAAUGGAGCUGGAUAUGGGCCACCUAGCAGUGAAGUGAGUGCAACCACCAAGAAAUCCCCCCCAAGUCAAGCACCUAGCAACCUCAGGUGGGAGCAGCAAGGCUCUCAGGUUUCUCUGGGCUGGGAACCCGUCAUACCAUUAGCCAACGAAUCUGAAGUUGUGGGUUACAAGGUUUUUUAUAGGCAAGAGGGUCACAGCAACAGCCAAGUUAUUGAAACACAGAAACUUCAAGCAGUAGUACCACUCCCAGAUGCUGGAGUCUACAUUAUUGAAGUUCGAGCAUAUAGUGAAGGAGGAGAUGGAACAGCUAGCUCUCAAAUUAGGGUACCAUCAUAUUCAGGUGGAAAAAUCACAAGUGCUCAGUCGACCCUUCACACUCUCUCCACAUCUUCAUCAUCAGUCACGUUGCUCUUGGCAUUGAUGAUUCCUUCAGCCUCCUGGUGAAAACCGCUGACUUAAUUUGCUUUUGUUCGCUUUAGCUUGAUAACAGCAGUGAAUAGAGUGUAGUGUAAGUGGAGAACCAGGAUCCUGAGAUGAGUUUGAGCUUUAAAAACUUGGAACUAUACAUGGUGAACUCACAGGAGGUUAGGGGGGAAAUAUUACUUAUCCAUCAGGUUUCUCUUUGGUUUUUGUAAAUGGAGAGGACAGUUCUUAGUCCAGUAAAAAUAUGCAGAUUGUAUGUAAUGAAUUUUUGUAAGCAAAGGUAAUUUCUGUCAAAUGUAUUCUUUACUUUUUUAAUAUGUUUGGAUUUUAUUUUAUAUCUAUGACUACGAGUGUGUGCCAUCCAUUUGUUAAGUAACUGGCCUUUAGCAGAUCUGUUUUAAGACAAAUGCAAAAGUGAGAAUGAAAAGUUUGCUUAAGACUGAGUUCAGUGUUUUUCAUUUUCCCUUUGGCUGAAUAUCUCAAUUUCCAAACCAGCAGGAAAUAUGAAAAAUGCUUCAGUGAUGUGGUCCAUUAUAAGAUAAGUACACAAAAAUUUUCUUGAAAAAUAUUGUAUGAUUGCAUAGUGAAAUAGCAAGAUUUGUCAAUAUGCUAUUCUAUAUGCACCCCUAGAGCAAGUUAUUAGGGUAGGGAAUAAGCCAUUUACAUUAGUGCAAGAUAAAUAGAAACUGAGUCCAAAUGAAUUUUAGUGCUAUUGUUUUUCAUAAAGUACUAUGUUAUCUAGCAGCAAAUAUAAUAAAUAUUUAUUUUUAAUAAUAAAAGAUGGUUUAACAUCACCAAAAAAUAUGAUCACUAAAAACUGCAGACAUGCUGCCACGGGUGCUAACUUAAAAAUAAGAAGAGUAUGGGACACAGCGUUUCCAUUUCUUUACCUACUGCCAAAGCAGAUGUUGAAUUAGGUCCAAGGUUUUCUUCUAAUUGCAAAAUUUUGCAAAAAUUUUAAGGACAAUGAAAAUGUGUUGUGCAAAUAAUUAUGCAUAGUCUGUAGAUUAAAAUGGUUCAAGCAUAACAAAUAAAUUUUGAUUUUUAAAAACAGUUCCAUGCAUCACAUACCACUGAUAAAAUCAACUAGUAAAAUAAAGACAGUCUCUCUUGGAUAAAUUGAAUUUUUAAUUAAGCUGUGGAAACAUGGCAUCAGUACAGGGAUUCAGCUAGUCUAGCCAGCUAUGCACUGUUUGAUUCUGUGGCUUGGGAAGUAAUCCUUAUUUGCUAUUUCGAAGAGUCAACUUGAGCCUGAGAGAUCUUAGAGAGCUGUUGGAAAAUGAGAUGAAAAUUUUCUACUUGAAGAUAUCUUAAAGAAGUUCUAACAAACAUGAGAAUGUGCCAGAGUUGGCAUCAUAUCCAUGCAAAUGUAAGAAAGGACAGUUACUGCAAAGUCAUAUGCCAGAGAAGAGCCUGGAAAAAUUAUGGUUUUAUAGGUGAUGUUAACAUGAGAACAAAAAAUAGUUUUAUAAUUUUAUAUACUUUAAACUUGUUAAUUGUAUUUGCUUCAUUAAUAACAAGCAAAAUGAAACAAUAUGGAGCUCAAAUUGCUAGCUCUCAAGGUUAAUCCUUGUAGAAUCAGAGGAGUGAUUGAAGUUUCUGUUCUCAACAUCCUAAAAUAAUAGUUUCAGAGCCACAGGAAAAGUCUGUAUGUAGGUUACAUAUUCUCUUGGGGGAAAAUUAUGUAAGACACCCUAAACAAAUAAGAAAUGAGUUAAAAGAAAGACUCAGUCAAUAGAUAUUAUAGUAAGUACUACAGAUGGUAAAUAUUUAAGCCUGUAAGUAAUUACGACUAAGUAGCCUUUCUUGAACACCUCCUUUAAAGUGGGAGAAGCUGGACUUUGGACUUUGCAAAAACAGGGAUGCUUAAUUGGUUAGCUGACAAAACAUGAGCUCUCCCAAGUAUAGUGUAACUUUCAUGAAUGAAUUGUGUAUCUGGAAAAAAAAAAGGCAGAAAGAAUAUUUUUAAUGCAAAAUAAUUUUAUGUAUUUCAUGUAUCAAGCCAUUGUCUUCAUUUUCCAUGGUGAUGUAAACCAGAUUUAGUGAAGGACUUUAAGAAUCAACUUCUUACUUACACUCUCAGAAGGCAAAGCCCAGUAAAAUAUUAAACAAAUAAAAUGACAAAUUUAACCAAUAUUUUUAAUUAGCUGACGGAUGGUACAUAUCUGACAGAGUAUUUACACAUAGAAUGUCUGAUGUUGUAUUCUUACAGGAAUCAGAGAUAUGGAAUGUUUUUACUUAACAUACACAGAAUAUGUAUUUUGCAUCAUAAACCUAUUUAGAAAACAGGUUUUCAAUGUUUAUGUACUUAUGUGCUACAUAUCUGUUACUUUGUAGAAAUCAGAAGAGCAUUCUUAUCAAGGUAUAUUAUUUUUCAGCUACAGUACUGAAUUUUUUCUUCUAUGGGAUAGUAACCACAGUCUUAAAUCACUAAAGAGACUGUAUUUUUAUAUAAUGUCAAUUGAAUAUGAAGAAAGCAACAGUCCUUAUAAUUCGAAAUUUCAUGAAAGCAAAAGUUUUGCAUACCCAAAUGAAGGUACUGUGGACCCCAUGUCAAACUGUUAAAUAUACUGUGUACGAUCUGUAUAUAUACUAUAUAUAAGGUAUAUACCAUGUGGAAGGCACAGUCAAAUAAUAGUUCUGUGUACUGUUCUUGUAACAUUAGAUCUUUUUAAUAAAUAAUUCUCUUUUUAUUGACUUUUA